AUGGCAUCUCGAAAUCAAAGCAAACCAUCCACACCUUCAACCAAUUCAUCUCCGCUUCCAGCUUCUGGCAGAGGCAUCGUGAAAACUCUGAUUUCUACAGACACUAUCAUCAUCAGAGCCUUGAAACCUCUUGCCAAUGCUCCUCCGCCAGAACGUGUCUUGAGCUUGGCUGGUAUCAUUGCUCCACGACUCGGAACUGCCAAAGAACCGGAGAAGGAAGAGCCAUACGCAUUCGCAGCACGAGAAUUCCUUCGAAAGCUCCUCAUCGGCAAAGAAGUCAGCUUCAGAGUCGAAUAUACAACAACCACAAACACUCGCGAUUUUGGCAUGGUCUCGCUCCCUCAAGCUAUCGAUGGAGAAACCAACGUCAGCAGAAUCAUGAUCAAGGAAGGCUUUGCCAAAGUUAAGAUGGAUUCGAAACGACCACCAUCCGACGACUCAGCAGCAUUGCUGCUGUUAGAAGAAGCUGCCAAAGCUGCCGGAAAGGGCAUGUGGGCUUCGAAAUCUCCAACAGACGGACUACGUAAUUUAAGAUACAAUCCUCCUGAAGAUAUGAAGGGGUUUUUGGAAAAGUAUAAGGGGGUCCAAAUGAAUGCUGUUAUUGAGCUUGUCCGAGACGCUUCUACGUAUCGACUUUGUAUCUUUUUGGAUGAUAAUUUGUCGCAGUAUUUGACUGUUAUGGUGUCUGGAAUCAAGGCACCACUCCUCAAAAAGGACGUACCAGGAGCAGAAGAUAUCAUAGAGCCAUAUGCAGAAGAAGCUAAAUACUUUGUCGAAUCUCGUCUAUUACAACGAGACGUCAAAGUGAUUUUGGAAGGAGCUGGGAACAGCAAUUUUGUUGCAUCGAUUAUUCAUCCUGCCGGAAAUAUCGCUGAAGCAUUGGUAUCUGAAGGACUCGCAAAGGUUGUUGAUUGGACUAUUGCUAAUGUUUCCGGAGGACCAACGAAACUACGAGCCGCUGAAGCUAAAGCCAAAGAGCGACGUAUAAGAAUGUGGCAAAACUUUGUCGACAAGAAGAAAUCUGGAUUGAAUGGUGCUGAGGCUGUUUUUGAUGGAAUUGUUACAAAGAUCGUCACUGCCGAUACUAUCAUGAUUGCAGGCUCAGAAGACUUGAGCCCAGAACGCAAAAUCACUCUAUCCAGUGUCCGAGCACCACGCAUCAAGGAACCAAAAGAAGCAGGCUACGCUGCAGAAGCCAAAGAAUUCCUACGAUCCCGACUUAUUGGCCAUCGAGUCCACGUUGUCAUAGACUAUAUCAAACCCGCUGUCGAAGGAUACCCAGACGAAAAAGAAUGCGCUACAAUAUCCGUUGAUGGGCAAAACAUUGCUGAAUCCAUGAUUGCCAAAGGUUUAGCAUUGACAUUACGACAUCGUAAAGAUGAUGAAAAUCGAUCAUCCGCUUAUGAUUCGCUGCUCAUUGCUGAAGAGAAGGCAAACAAGGCACAAAAGGGUUUGCAUUCGCCUAAAGAUCCACCAUCAUACCGUAUAUCCGAUGCAUCUGAAAAUUCGACUAAGUCGAAGCAAUUCCUGCCAUUCUUGACGAGAGCUGGUGCUGUCGCUGGUAUUGUUGAGCACGUUGUUGCUGGAUCUCGAUUUAAAGUCUUGAUACCGUCUCAAAACUGCAAGAUUACUCUUGUGUUGGGCGGCAUAAGAGCUCCACGCGCUACUGGUAGAAGUGGAGAACGAGCCGAACCUUUUGGAGACGAGAGUUUGGAAUUCGCUACUCGUAAAUGCUAUCAACGUGAUGUCGAAAUCUCUGUUGAAGGUGCUGACAAGGUCGGAGGAUUCAUUGGUACAAUAUGGUUGCCUGGCGGUGGAAGUCAGAAACAAAACUUUGCGGUCAUGUUGUUAGAAGCAGGCCUUGCGACCGUCCACGAGUAUUCAGCACAACAGAGUAUACAUGGCAAAGAUCUUUUUGAAGCUGAAAGAAAGUCUCGAGAAGCCAAACGUGGAAUAUGGAGUUUGGAACGACCAGAAGUAGAAGAGGUAAAAGAAGAGGACCCAACAGCAAUGGACGAAGAAUCAGUCAAUGAAAUACAGGCAGUUAUAUCCGAUAUAUCUGGUGGUGGAUCAUUCUACUUCCAACACGUAGGUGAUGGAACAAAGAAGCUCGAGCAACUUAUGGCCGACUUUGCAUCCUUCCAUAUAUCCCAACAAAACAGCAUUAUACCAUUCAAUCCAAACGUAAAUGAUUAUUGUGCCGCCAAGUAUUCAGUAGACGAAGGCUGGUAUCGAGCACGUAUCCGCAAAGUCAAUCCAGCAGAUAAAACUUAUACCGUCUUGUAUAUGGAUUACGGCAAUUCCGAAACAGUACCAUUAUCACGAUUACGACCGCUCGAUUCCAAAUUCGGUGUAUCGUAUCUCCCACCACAAGCCAUCGAAGGUGUAUUAGCAUACUUGACAGUCCCACCGCUCGAUGAUAAUGAAUGGGGUAUGGAAGCAUAUGAGCGAUUACGUGAAUUGACAGAAAACAAAAUGCUCAAAGCUAAAGUAGUCGGUGCUAAGAAGACACCUACUGCUUUAUUGUUGAGUCAAGCUGAUGAUAAAACUGGGACUAUUAAUCAGUUGCUGGUGCGAGAGGGUUUGGCUACUGUUGAUAAGGUAGUUGCUAGACGUCAUCAUGCUUUGUCGAAUGGAGUCAAACGUGGAAGUAAUGGUACCACAAAUGGACAUGGUGCUGCUAGUAGCAGUGUCGAUACGUUGUUGCGUGCUCAGGAAGAUGCUAAACGCGAUCGGGUCAACAUGUGGCAAUACGGCGACUUCACCCAAGAUGAUGAUUUGUAA